AUGGCAGACAGUGAGUACACCCAUGAUUUCUUCCCUGACUUCCCCUCAGGCUCUUUCAAUCUCCUCCCAUUGCAAAAGCUCGCACAGAAAGCAGCUAUGGAGGCAGCUAAACCUCGCGCUCGUCUGCAGAAGUCUACGCAGAGGUCUACACGCUUGCAACGCCUUUCCACUUUCCUACCCUCUCUCAGUACCAGUCCAACCAGAUCUAAGCAUUCAGAAGGUACAAAGCCAUCACCUCUCCCCGCCAUUUCAGCACCACUACCCAUCGAUAUAUAUGCCUCUUCGAGUCGACCACCCUCGAGAGAUGCUCCCCUGGCCCCCUGGCAAAUCUUUCAAGCCAAUAACGAUAACGACAAUGACAAUGAAAAUGACAAAGACAUGCCGCCUCCACCAGCUCCGCCGCAGAAACGACUGCAGAAGUCAGACUCCCCCAAUCGACUGAAAUCCCUCCCGAAUGUACGAUCCGGCUCACCUUCUCGUAAACUCACAACCCCGUCCUCCGGGAAAGCCUCUCGAAGAAAUUCCAUCCUUGCUAUGAUUCCAGGUCAGAAUCGAUCAGUCUCAUCUCCAGUCGGCAGUCGUCCAAAUUCGGUUCAAUCGGGGGAAGAUGAUGAAGCUGCGGGAUUCAAGACACAGAGGAAAAGCUUUCUCCUUGGUGGUAGCAGGUCAAGGUCUAGAAACACGUCAAAAGAGAUUGGGGAGGAAUUCGGUACAGGCGCGUGGGUUAAUGCUGGAGAACACAAGAUCGACUACAAUCUGGCUCUUUUAACAGGUGGUGAAAAGGUCCCAGAACUAUGGGAAGACAACGCCGACACGUUCAUCUACCUAUUUCCCCAAGCCUCUGGCCUAGGACCGUCAUUCAAGGUCCCGUCAAUGACAUUAUCCUCGUCCGUGAUCCUAAUGCAUUACAUCAAUGCCCAACAAGUCAGUAGCCCAGCGACAGGGAGACCUAGUGGUCAAAAUUCCGAUGGAAGAAAUAGCCUAUCCGUAGAGGACGCCGCUCGGCAUUUGUCACUGCGCGGUCCAGCUUCACCCCCUUACACACCAAAGACCAGCAUCUCGGACAUCCAGUCGAGCUCAGAUGGUCGCCCAGACUCAUUAGAGUCAUUCCUCGACGCGCCUCGAGAAACCCAUCUAUACUUCCCUACAGGCCUGACCUCCGACGGCUCCCAGCUAUCCCCAAACGACAUACAAGAUCUCGUCGACAUUCGCAAUCUAUUUGCUUUCCUCACCGGGCAGCCACUUGUCGGUACCAAAACCCGUCCCAGCACAUUUAGGAUAUUCCUGCAAGUCGGAGCGAUGUUGAGCAAGUUCCAGUUCACCAACUUAGAUGGGUCUACGUUUGGCGAGUCGGCUUCAGCUAGCUUCGAGUUCUAUCUAGAAGAAUUGAAAUUGUCUGAUGUGAGAGAGAGUCGGGAAAAAACCCUUGAAGGUAUUAUUCUCGGUGAAGCGAUGCGGUCCGGAGACUUGUAUACCGAAGCCUUUACCCAUGCCGUCGGAAAAUAUACAGCUGUCAUGCAGAAAGACUAUCCCUUGGUGUCUGAAAUAUCGAAAAAUACUCGAGUCAAUCUAGAACGUGCACAUCAAGAAUUAAUCACACGACAGCAUUCUGCGAGUGCCGCCCUGACCGAUUUCAACUUUUAUUCCCUUUUCGCUGGCAUUGGGUCCUCAGCAACGAGCGAGGAAUCCAAAUUUGUCCGGUUCAAGGCUUGGAAAUUGAAUUUUGCGUCCAUGAAAAGACAUGUCAUGUCAUAUCUCAAAGACGUCCAUGGGCAUUGGCCUCCAAAGGCGAGCCACAAGAAAGGUCUAGCAGGCGGUCUUAAUCGAAUGGUCCUCAAAGGGCUAUACUCUGAUAUGUGCAGUCUGUACGAGUUGAGAGCAGAUCGAGAAGCAAUCACUACCCGCUCCAUGGAUGCAUCUGACGACAGUCAAGUAACCAACGUCAGUCCCACCAGCACAGCUUUGCGAAAGCUCCUCUCUGAAUUCGACCGCUCGUCACCACCCGUCAUGCCUCCAAUCCCAUUCGAUGUACCUUUAGUACCAUCAAUUGCGGCGAUUGAUCCAACAUUCCAGAGAAUGUCACCAAAGAAGCAACACAAGGCAUCUACCCGAAAAUUAAAAGAGCAUGAAGUCGCCCUCAUUCUCGCCAAGACCCACAAUGCGGAUUGCAACUACAAAACACCUUUUCUAGAGGAAUACAAAAUAUUUGAAGAGAAAGAGGGAAAGGGAAAGAAUGCGCAGGAACUUGCUGAUAUGGUCUAUGGCCACUGGCUUUUCAUGUACGCAGUCAUUCAAUCACUGCCUAUGCUCGUUAUCGAUGCUCCAGGCCUUCGCUACACGGGAGGGGUUGAAUAUUUCCUCUGCAUGUUGCCAACCGGAAAACCUUGGGUAGAAGGAUCUGAUACGGCACUCUACAGCGUUCACGGCGGUGCUAUAGUCUCUAUGCCUAAUCACGUCAUUGAAGCUGGCCCCGAAGCUGUUUACCGUCGCUCUCAUUGUUGGACUGUGGCAGAGCAAUGGAUUUCUAAGAGUGAAGGCAAAUACGUUGAAGUCGAUGAACGGCCAUCGUUCCUCCCAGAGAUUCUGUCACCACUCGCGCCCCCACCAGGUUUUGGAGGCAUUCUUGACAUUGAACCCCCGACUGCGGGCUCACCUGGUGGAUCUCCUACGAUGUCUCCCAUGUCUCCCAUGUCUCCCACCGAACGCGGCCGAGAUUCGCGCAAGUUUAGUGGUGCACAGCUCGGUGCAGAUUUAGGGGCCAAUUUAGACGCGGAUGAGCGAAGGAGUCGCAGCAGGCAAGCUCAACGCAAGAGCAUCGCCUUGGGUCUUGAGCGCUUGCCUAUUCCUGCCGGACAUGAGACCUUUAACUCGAGACCGGGUUCUAGUAGAGGAGCGAGUCCUGGUGGGUUUAAAACUCAGAGUCCGGUUGGAUUCUACAACGGUGGUAAUGGAAGUAUGGCUCGUCUCGAUACACCUCCUGAUAAUAGCGGUGCUACAUUCAAUGAUAUCUUGGGACAUAUCGAGGACCCUAAGCAGGCCAAGGGAAAGAAGGGGAAGAAGUAG